AUGUCUCUGGCUAAGCCUGCAAUGCGAGGACUCCUUGGGAAGCGUCUGCGGUUCCAUUUGCCCAUUGCCUUCGCUCUGCCAUUGGUGGCUGCAGCAGCUUUCAAGUACGGUGUAACAGAGCCCAGGAAACAGGCCUAUGCCAAUUUCUACAAACAAUAUGACACCACAGCAGAGUUCAACAACAUCAGGGAAGCUGGCGUUUUUGAAAGUGUCAGGCCAACUGGCAAAUAA